AUCUCCUUUUUCACCGGAUUCGACGUGAGCUUUGGACGUGUGGGAUUGCUGCCAAUGAGUGCCUGUGCAAAGGACUCUAAUCGGUCUGAUGCUGUGCGCAAGAGAUGUGGCGGCAUCGGAACAUCCAUGCUAGGGCUAGGGUUUCCUGAAGGCGGGGCGGAGGAAACCAUUGCCGGCGUCGGGGACCCAGAAGCCUGGUUGCCGGAGGCCAUAGAAGCACCAUCCUUCGUCGAGGUACCAUUUCCGACCUUCGCCGUUGACGCCUUUGCCUAUCGGCCUAGGAUUCGGAUUGAGGCGGGCAAGCCCUCGCGUCGUUCGCUGCAUGUCUUCGGCCAGGCACUCUUUCCAUUGCUUCUAUCUCGGGCAGCUCUAACUCUUUGGACUACUUCUUUGGCCUUCUCCUCGGGCGCUGGCCAGGUAAACUACUUUGAUAGCGGCGUAGAAGUCCUGCUGUUCGCUUCGGAGCUGCUUUGUCGCGUUGGAGAGGGGAAAGCGUUUUCCAACGAAAGUAGGAGGCGCGAUAUAAUUGACCUUUUCUUCGUCCCAAAGGUGGUGAUAGAAUCUCCUAUCCAUCAGCCCCAACAUCAAGGCAUGAACAUUUCUUCUUCUGGGCACUUAUUGACUAUUAAGAUUUCUUCUUCUUCAACCAUGUUGUUCCUUUGCUGA